AUGCAUAGUACAGAUCAAAGUGGACCCUAUCGAGAUUCAAUUACGUGUAUUUGUUCGGAUAUUUGUAGUCAACGUUUAUCAUUGUUUAUUUUAUGUCCAAAUGGACGAACGAAUAGUGGAUCGAAUUGUGAUCAAUGGAUUCCUAAUGUUUAUUCACCAGAUGAAAUCAUUUUCAAUCGAACGAUCAAUCAUUAUCGAUUUGUUGGACAAUUGAUGGUUCGAGAACAAAUCAUCAGUGAAGAUAUUGAAGCAAUUGAUCAACAAAGUUUUACAAUGAUUAAUCAAAUGGAACAAUUGUUAGAAAAUAAUGAUCAAACAGAUGAAAUUCAGGAUUUACUCAGUAGUAUUUUAGAUCAAUUACGAUUUGAAGUUGUCAGUUCAAAUGGAACAACAUUUGAACUUAUUCCCAAUGGUCAACAAAUUCCCGUUACGAUGUCAAAUCUGAAAGAAUAUUGUGAAAGAUAUCGAAACUAUCGUCUUAAUGAAUUUCAUCGACAAAUCGAAUUUAUCCGACAAGGUUUAUACAGUAUUAUUCCAGGAUACUAUUUGAAUUUAUUCACUGCUAAUGAAUUGGAAGAAGCCGUUUGUGGAAAAGGAGAAAUUGAUAUCGAAUUAUUGAAACGUCAUACGAACUAUAAUUCUUCUUAUAGUCAAGAUUCGGUAGUUAUCGAAAGAUUUUGGACCGUUCUCGGUCAAAUGUUUACGGAAGAACAGAAAAAAAUUAUUCUUGAUAUCCUUUUUCCAUCAAAUUCAUUUCAUGUAACCAAUGGUCCCAUCGAUGGAGCACUACCAAGAUCUCAUACAUGUAGUUUUGCUCUGGAUUUACCAGAAUAUUCGUCGACGGAUGUUAUGUAUGAUCGAUUGAAUUAUGCGAUUACGUAUUGUUCAAGUAUUGAUGGAGAUGGAAACAUGAACGAAAUGCCGGAUCCAGUAAGUUUUGCCGACGAUGAUUGA